AGUCCCCGCCCCGGGGCCGCAGGAAGUGACGCAGAGGAAGUGACGGCGGGCGGGGCGGCAUGGCGGCGCGGGCCCUGGCGGCGGGCAGGCCCUGGCGGCGGCUGCUGCCCGCGGCGCUGUGGGGGCGGCCGCGCCGCCGGCAGCACGAGCGGCUGCCCGGGCGCUCCGACCAGCCCAUACAAAUGGAUGACCCCUAUAAAGAGCCUCCUAAAAGAUGCAUCUUAUGUGGAAUAAAUGUAGACUACAAGAAUGUGCAGCUUCUUUCCCAGUUUGUUUCUCCGUAUACUGGCUGCAUUUAUGGCAGGCAUAUAACAGGCUUGUGCAACAAGAAGCAGAAGGAAAUUACAAAAGCCAUUAAAAGAGCUCAUGUAUUGGGAUUUAUGCCAGUUAUGUACAAGAACCCAGCAUUCCUCACAGACCCUAAGAUAUGUAGUAUCAAGUAUCCAGAGUAAUACACUGUAAAGAAAAAAAACCAAUAAAACUACUUCUCGUGUGUA